AUGCCAUUGCCUAAUGACAUGUCUGUUUUUAAGCAUGGUGCUACUCUUGUUGGAGCUACUAAGACUGAGUACAUUGAUGAUGCUAUCAUGAAUAAGUUAGUUUGGUAUGUGCUACAUAAUGCUGAUGAAGUACAGGAAUAUUUGACUCUGUACAGGGAGGAGCUAUCGCAGCAAGGUGCACGUCCAAAUGAUGUUGAUCGAAUGGUUCAACAAGGAUUUGCAAAGUGGUUUAUGUCCCAUGUUGAGAAGAAGCGUAAUGAGAAUCCAGAAUUGGUUAGCGAAGGACUGUGGGCACUGUCAUGUGGCCCAGCUCGGCGAGUUAAGACUAGUACAGCUUGCAAGAUUAAUGGAGUGCAGUUUAGCACAGUGGAUCGUGAGAAGUUCAUGCAAACACAAAAUAGUGGUGUAAUGACUGAAGGUGAACAUAAUGGGGAGAACAUAGAUUUUUAUGGUGUCCUUAAAGAGGUAAUUGAGUUACAAUAUAACUCGAAUUAUCAAGUUCGUCGGUCGGUGGUUGUAUUUCGAUGCGAUUGGUACAACCAAGUAGGAAAGACUGUGGGCAUUCGAGAUGACAGCCAUUUCAAAUCCAUCAAUGUGCAGUCAUUUUGGUAUAAGUCUGAUCCUUUUAUCUUGGCAGACCAAGCGAAAAAAAUAUUUUACCUGCAAGACACAACUCCACAAUGUAAAGAUUUCCGAGUUGUGCAGAAAUUUGAACAUAGGAAUAUUUAUGAUGUGGCUGAAAAAUAUGAGGGCAGUAAUGAUGUGCAUCAGGAUGAUUAUUGUUCUGAUACAGAGCAUAUAGUGUAA